GGGGGGCGCGGGGGGAGCCCGCCUUGCCGCCGGGUGCGGGCGGGAGGCCCCGCCGCCGCGCCCCGUCCGCCGAGCGGGGAUGACCCUGUCGGGCGGAGGCAGCGCCAGCGACAUGUCCGGCCCCACCGUCCCGGCGGCCGAGGAUGUGGAUAUCGACGUGGUGGGCGAGGGCGACGACGGGCUGUGCAAGGACAGCGACGGCGAGGCCGGCAGCCCCGUCCCCCUGCCGCGCCUGCCGCUGGACGAGGCGACGGAGCUGGCGCUGCCCUCGGAGGCGGGCGCGGGCGCGGAGAGCGGCGGCAGCAGCGGCAGCGGCAGCCCGGCCGAGGUGGUCCCCGGCGGCGCGGCCGAAGGCGGCAAGGGGGGCGGUGAGGAGGGGGCGAGCGGCGGAGGGGCGGCGGCGGCGGGGCAGAGCAAGCCCAAGAGCAGUCUGGUGAAGCCGCCCUACUCCUACAUCGCCCUGAUCACCAUGGCCAUCCUGCAGAGCCCGCAGAAGAAGCUGACGCUCAGCGGCAUCUGCGAGUUCAUCAGCAACCGCUUCCCCUACUACCGGGAGAAGUUCCCCGCCUGGCAGAACAGCAUCCGCCACAACCUCUCCCUCAACGACUGCUUCGUCAAGAUCCCCCGGGAGCCCGGCAACCCGGGCAAGGGCAACUACUGGACGCUGGACCCGCAGUCCGAGGACAUGUUCGACAACGGCAGCUUCCUCCGCCGCAGGAAGCGCUUCAAGCGGCACCAGCAGGAGCACCUGCGGGACCAGACGGCGCUGAUGAUGCAGGGCUUCGGCGCCUACGGCCUCGCCGGCCCCUACGGCCGCCCCUACGGGCUGCAUCCCGGCGCCUACACGCACCCCGCCGCCGCCGCCGCCGCGCUGCAGUACCCCUACAUCCCCCCGGUGGGGCCCAUGCUGCCGCCGGCCGUGCCGCUGCUGCCGUCCAGCGAGCUCAGCCGCAAAGCCUUCAACUCCCAGCUCAGCCCCAGCCUCCAACUGCAGCUCAACAGCCUGGGCGCCGCCGGCUCCAUCGUCAAGUCGGAGCCCAGCAGCCGCCCAUCCUUCAGCAUCGAGAACAUCAUCGGCGUCCCGGCCGCCAGCUCGGCCGCCAGCGCCCAGACUUUCCUGCGGCCGCCCGUCACCGUGCAGUCGGCCCUGAUGGCCCACCAGCCGCUGGCGCUGGCCAGGACCACCGCCGCCAUAGCCCCCAUCCUCAGCGUGCCUACCAACAUCAUCGCGGGGCAGUUCCUGCAGCCCGCCGCGCCUGCCGCCGCCGUGCAGGCCAAGUGGCCGGCGCAGUAGCCCCGGGCAGUAGCCCCCGGGGGGGGUUCCGCAGCCCUGCCGCCGCCGGCCGCCCCCUCGGUGUGGGGGAUCCCGGGCUGCAGCGGGCAGCGCCGCUUGUACAUAUUUGUAUCAAAAAUCACUGACGUUGCUUUCGGGGGUUUUUAUUUUUCUAAAGAGGCGAAAUGACGGUCGUGAUUAGGAGCUGCGAACUUUCACUUUUUUUGAAGGUUCCGGCGCUCCGAGCGGUUUUAUCCGAAAUAAACGAACAAAUGAGGAAAAAGAAAAGAGUAUUUAAAAAUUCCCAAAAUAAGCGGGGGGAGAUUUUAAAUAUUAAACGAACGAACAAAAGAGAAAAAAAAAAAAAAACAAAAAAGAAUUUUGGAGAAAA